AUGAUAUUGGGCCUACCGCACGGCAUUUCCCGAGUAUUAUUGUUGUUCUUGUUUUUUAUUGCAAAAACCCGGGCCAGCGAUGCGGAAACGAAGCUUUUUGCCGAUUUGUUGACAGGCCUGAACCCCUUGGAAAGACCCGUCGAAAAUGCCUCCGAUCCGCUCGUCGUCAAAAUGAAGAUUUUCCUGCAGCAAAUCCUGGACGUCGACGAGAAAAACCAGCUUGUCUCUGUAAAUGCGUGGCUCAGAUUUACGUGGACGGACUACAAGCUGAAAUGGAACCCCCGGGACUAUAAUGGGAUCCCAGACGUCAGAUUCCCCGGCACCACGGAUCAUAUCUGGAAACCGGAUGUACUGCUUUAUAAUAGCGCCGCCGAGGACUUUGACUCAACAUUUAAAAGCAACCUGCUCGUCUACAACACCGGUGAUGUCACCUGGAUCCCGCCGGGUGUUCUCAAAUUCGUCUGUGCUAUCGAUGUGACUUGGUUCCCGUUUGACGAGCAACUUUGCGAACUAAAGUUCGGGUCCUGGACCUUUCACGGCCAUGCCAUUGAUCUGCAAAUUGAUAGCUCGGAUGAGACGGAUAAUACAACAAACCAUCAAAUGGAUCUAUCGACAUAUGUCGUCAACGGCGAAUGGUCACUCAUCAACAGCCCGGCAAUCAGAAAAGUCUGUGCCAUAUCGAGACCCAAAACCCCCUCUAGGUCGGCUACUUCAAGCUUUAACCUCAUCAUCCCAUCACUUUUGAUCACGCUGAUGACGGUGCUCGGCUUUACCCUACCACCGGAUGCUGGAGAGAAGAUCAACUUGGAAAUGACUGUAUUGCUCGCAAUCGUCUUUUUCCUAUCGAUGGUCUCCGAGAUGACACCACCCACUUCUGAAGCGGUUCCGUUGAUAGGCGUCUUCUUCUCCUGCUGCAUGCUCGUCAUCUCGGCUUCAGUCGUCUUCACCGUCGUGAUCCUGAAUCUCCAUUUCCGAGGCCCAGACACCCACGUCAUGUCGCCAUUGGUACGCUCUGUCCUGCUGGAAUGGCUGCCGUGGAUUCUGAUGAUGUCCCGGCCAGGCCACACAUUCCGAAAAGGAUGUGCGCUAAAAGAUGGCGAGCCAAAGCUCAAGGAGCCUAGUUUGCCCAUAAACCGAAGCGAUCUCCCGGCUCACCAACCGGUCUACGAAGCUCAAUUGUUAUUGUUACAUUCGUGUUAUUCGGAGCUGAAACAGAUAACGGCCAAGCUGGAGAAGGAGGCGUGGGAGGAGCGCGUGCAAAACGACUGGCGAUUCGCGGCGAUGGCCGUCGAUCGGGCGUGUCUGGUCAUGUUCUCACUCUUCAUCGUCAUCUCCACAUUGGCCAUCAUGCUCUCCGCCCCGCAUCUCAUCGCA